GUUCUUCACUUGCUGGGUGACAGUGACUCAGUCACACUUAUUCAUUUAGAUGUUGCUCCUCUCUAGUGUGUGAUCAGUUUACCAAAUAUAAACAAAUGCCGGCAUUUCUUGAUUUUAACUGCAGCAAAACCAUCGACUGCAAACAGGGAGCAGUGAGAGCAGUUCGUUAUAAUGUGGAUGGCACUUACUGCAUGAGCUGCGGAUCGGAUAAAAAGGUAAAACUAUGGAAUCCAGCGUCGGGAUUAUUGCUCAAAACCUACGGAGGUCAUGCCGAUGAAGUAACUGAUGCCGCUGGCAGCUGUGACAGUAGUUACAUAGUCUCUGCCAGCCUGGACAAGAGUAUUAUCUAUUGGGAUGUUUCAACAGGAACACCUGUGCGUCGACUGCGCAGUCAUGCUGGAGGUGUGCGAUGUGUUUGCUUUAAUGAGGACUCCUCCAUAGCGAUUUCCGGUGGCCGUGACAAUGCCGUCAUGUGCUGGGACAUACGCACCCGACGCCUCGAUCCUGUGCAGGUGAUGAAGGAGGCAAGGGAUUGCAUAACGACGGUGCUGACCAACGAGCACAAGAUCUAUGCCGCCUCCCUGGACGGCUGUGUGCGGCACUACGACAUACGGGUUGGCGAACUGACCUGCGAUAAGAUUGGGCAACCGGUUACGUAUCUGGCGCAGACACGGGAUGAACAGUGUCUGGUUGCUGGCUGCCAGGACAGCGUGGUCCGCUUGCUAGACUGCGAGACGGGGGGACUUUUGGCCGAAUACAAGGGCCAUCAGGCCGAUGACUAUCACAUCGAGAGCGGCAUUUUGGCCAACGAUGCUCACAUUGUGGCCGGCUCCAGUGAAGGCUAUGCCUACAUCUGGGAUCUAUUGGAGACAAAAGUCCUGCAGCGCAUUCGCAUAAGUGACAAUGGUGGUGUAGUCCACUCCCUGGCCACGCAUCCGAAGCGACAGGAGCUGCUGUUUGCCAGGCGCAGGGACAUGUAUGUCUUCACAACGGAUGUGCAAAUCGAGGAGGAGCAACUGUAGCUUUAUUAACAUAAUUCGGUUAAAAUACUAUUUAGUUUUAAGUACCAUAUUAAAUAAUGAAAUUAUUUUUAUAUAUUGCUAGUAGAGAUGUAAAAAUGUAUGGAAAAAUCGA